CACACCCUUCUGUCUCGUCUUAAGAUCAGUACUAUCGAGUGUACCGGCAUCUCCCUAAGUCUCCCUGGGCUUGGUUCGCGGUGCGAGGCGGCGAGGACCCCGCACACGCUCUGGCCCUGGAAGGGGCUGGAAGGAGAGGAUGCCUUCGGAGGCACGGAACCCCAAAAUAUGAAUCAACUCAUGAACGGCUUCGAAGUCCAACUUCAUUCAGAAAGAGGUUCAAUGCAGGUAUUCAAACAGGCCGCUGGUCCUGUUCAGAUCAGAGGUCCUCCUGUGAGAGCAGACAGAAGAAAUAUGACUUCUUCACCACUUCUGGAUGCCAGCUCGAUGGAGAACCCAGCCCUGUUUAAUGAUAUCAAGAUUGAGCCUCCGGAAGAACUACUGGCUAGUGAUUUCAACCUGCCCCAGGUGGAACCGGUCGAUCUUUCCUUUCACAAACCGAAGGCUCCUCUCCAGCCUGCUAGCAUGCUGCAAGCUCCAAUACGGCCUCCCAAGCCGCCGGCUGCAGCCCAAGCUGCCGUGGCAUCUACUUCAUCUGACACGGGCACUUCGGCCACCAUCCCUACCGUUCUCACUCCAGGCUCUAUCCUGGCCUCCUCUCAGGGCACUGGGGGCCCGCCGAUUUUACAUGUGAUUCACACUAUCCCCUCAGUCAGUUUGCCAAACAAGAUGGGGGGACUAAAGACAAUCCCACUGGUGGUUCAGUCUUUGCCUAUGGUCUAUACCAGUUUGCCUGCAGAUGGGAGUCCUGCAGCUAUUACUGUCCCACUCAUUGGAGGAGAUGGGAAAAAUGCUGGAUCAGUCAAAGUUGACCCCACCUCCAUGUCUCCACUGGAGUUUCCAAGUGAUAGUGAGGAGAGUGCACUUGAGAGUGGAUCCUCAGCCUUACAGAGCCUGCAGGGAUUUCAACAAGAUCCAGCAACAGUGGCCCAAGUGCAGGGAGAAGACUCUCUCGACUUAAAGAGAAGACGGAUUCACCAGUGUGACUUUGCAGGAUGUAGCAAAGUGUACACCAAAAGCUCUCACCUGAAAGCUCACCGCAGAAUCCAUACAGGAGAGAAGCCUUACAAAUGCACCUGGGAUGGCUGCUCCUGGAAAUUUGCUCGCUCGGAUGAGCUUACCCGCCAUUUCCGUAAGCACACAGGCAUCAAGCCCUUCCGGUGCACAGACUGCAACCGCAGUUUUUCUCGAUCUGACCACUUGUCCCUACACCGCCGGCGUCAUGACACCAUGUGAAUAUCCCAGGCCACAGCCGAUGUGCUGCACUGGUCUCCUGAGUGUGUGUGCUGAGGUCGAAACCCUGUUUGCCUCUUUGACUACAACUUGCCCCUGUGAUAGGGGGUUAGAACAGCCUACUGAGCCAGGUUGUUGAGACUGGAGAAAAAGUUAGCUAGUCUCCCAUGUGGCUCUUCAUAUUCCGCUUUCACCUCUUCACUGUCCAGACUUCAGUUUUCUCAACCUCUUCCUGGGUUGAAUUCUAGUGUGGCGCCCAUGGUUGCCCUCCCUAAUCCCUCAUGCUAUGUUACAGACAUUUUUCCUACAAUAACAAACAAAACAGGAAUCAAACUCAAGGCUGUGAACAAACGUCCGCUGCUCCUGCUGCCACUUUUCUCUUGUUUUUUUUAAAACUUUUAUCCAUAUAUAAAUAUGGAUGGAUACAGUAUAUAUAUAUUGUAAGCAGUACUGAAAGUCACUUAGCAAUGUCCUAAAAUGAGGGUUUUUUUUUCAAAGUCAUAGGUACAAGGGGCAUAACAGUGGAGUUGAUUGGUCAGAUUUACAGAGAAUUGAGUCUGAAAUACAGAGUCUCAUUCUAACUGUGAAGGUUUUGUAGAUCCAGUUUUACUUGUUCUUACCAGUUUGGUUUACAGACAGUACCAGCCCUCCUUUUUGAAGUCCAUCAAAGAAAUGAAGGGAUUUUUCUCGACCUCCUCUUCCUCCUCAUGCUCCUUUAUAAUUAAAGGUUUUAUGGCACAAUUACAUUCUUUUUCGGUUAAGUUUGGACAAAUAUUCAAAGCACAGAAAGACACAUCAGUAGGGAGAAGUAUUCUAGGAAAUAUAUCAGGCAGGGACAGGAAAAAGCAGACCUUGGAGGACCCUGUAAGCGAUUAUUUGGCUAAGGUAUUAGGAUUGCUGUGAAUCGCAAACCUCAUUCAAAGGGCACUUUCGAUGGGCUACGCUGUGCUGUUUGUUCUUUUGUUUACAUAAAGCAACCAUUCAGCGUAUUACCUGAGAGAGAUUGCACACUGAGCAUGUUAUACAGAGGUGACGGGUAGCACUAAAGGAAUUUUGUUUACUUCAUGCCAUUUUGUUGGCACUCAUUCUUCUGUUUUUAAUGAGAUAGAAAAGAUUUUUUUUUCUGACACUGACAUAUAAAAAUCAUUUUUAAUGUUUUACAACUGCUGUCAAUACCGAAGCCAUUUAUUUUAGAUGUAACAGCAGGAUGCAUUACAUUUGGUUGCCCAAUCAGACUGUUCCUAAUAUUCUCUGGGGCAUAAAACACUCUGUUCCUGGCCCUGGACCUCAGAUCUACCUCCAUGUGGCAUAUUUCCUCUCCUGGGAAAAAAGGAGAGGGGCUUUGUAUCAUUAGGAUUGGACGCAGCCUCUUGCCUAAAGGUUGUUUUCAUACUAAACCUUUUUUCCUUGGCAGAUAUUCAAAGCUCUAGCUUGAAUACUUCAGGUUACUACCUCCCAUGGCUGUCCUUUCUAGCUAAACCCUAGAACUCUACCAUCGAGAAGGGGUCCUGUCUACUUCUACCCAUCCCUCCCAUCUCACAGAUGAGGCAAAUACGGGUUCGAUUCUUUCUCCAGAUAUUUCCUUUGAGGCCUUAGAGAUUUAUGUACUCCUUCUCCCAGGGAUCACACUAGGAAACCAAAUUAAAUAAAAAAAUUAUGUGAUUGGUUGCAAUAUUUGUCCAAUUUUAUAUGUUCUACUUCGGAAAACUUUAAGUCACUCAAAAUUCAUAUAUAGUUGAUGAGUAGAAUGUGCUUAUGGUCAUUGCCAGUUAACAUCACGCACACCGUGUUUCUAUUCUCAUAGUUUGAUAUUUUCAGGCCCUUUUAAGAAAAUUUACCUUGUUUCAAGUUUCAGUGUCUUUCCAGACCAUAAAUUCUCCAUCAGUGAAGGCCUACUUGUACUUUUCCAGAUGACGUGUAGGUUUUGCUAUUAUCAUUAUCUUUGUACAGGAUUUUUCCUGACUUAGGGUAUACAAGUUCCAAGCUGUAUACUAAUUACUAAAGCACUAAUAAAUAUCUAGGGCAAGUCUAUUCAUGGGGACCACAUUGUAUGACAGAUUGAUAAAUGUAUAUACUACCAUGCAUGGGCUUAAGCUUAUAAUUGAGUAGUUGGUACAAUAUUAUAGAAGAGUCCAAAGGGUUACCCACUUUUUUUCCACUUUGGAUCCUAAGAUUUGCUUUCCAGAUCUCAGAAUUGUCAUGUGUCCCUUAGACUUCAGGAUAUUGAGACAUAUGGUUACAAUAUUUACAUUGAGACAUCUAUUUAUAAAUGAGCAUUAUCAAAUUAUAGUACUCAGAAGGGUGAUCAAAUUAGGAUCCUAGAUAUCGAUGCCCCUGGCAUCUCUGAGCCUUUCUUCAAAUCUGUUUCUGCAGAGUGAUAAUAGACUGUGCAAAUGCUUGUUCAUUGUCUUUAGUCCAGAAACAAUUCUAACCCUAUUCUCGUUGCCCCCUUUUCCAAAAAUGGUAAAAUCUUCCCAAUUACAAACAUAUUCUUUAAAAAUGUGUCAUGAUGAAGAAAAUUACACAGAGUAAAUUGAUUCAAACACAAUGCAGUGUAGAAUUACCUCUAGAUGGUGGGUACAAAGGAAAUGAAAUGCAUCUCUUGGGUAACAUCUGAGCUUUAACUAAGUUGAAUGGGCCUACAACAGCAAAACACUGUCAAUAUGACAUUUGCCUAGGACAUGGAAAUCUCAUAGGGAUGGAUAAUAUUCAGGAAUUUAUUACAGUGGAAUUCUUCCUUCUGUAGACAUCUGGAAGCUGAACACAACUAUCGAUAUUUGCCAAUGUGAAAUAUAGGAAAUGUAAAUUGGUUUGAUGGAUUAGUGGAGUUCCUUAUGUUCAGAACACAAAUGUUUGUAAAAAGAAUUUCUUCUUAAAUAAGCUUUCCAUGUUGGAACUCUUACAGGUUUUCAGAAAAAAAAUGUGAAGGUAGAACAGAGUUCCUGUUUACUCCACAUCUUACAUUAGUAUGGUACACUUGUUAGAAUUAGUGAAACAAUAUUGAUGCAUUAAUGUGAACUCCAGUCGGUACUUUAUUCUGACUGUCAUCUUUCUGUUUUGAUAUCUCAUCUAAGUACUACUUUGAUUUAGGAGUCCCAGUUCCUUUGGUUGUGACAGUUUCUUGGACUUCCUUACUCUCAAGGACCUUGGGAAGAUGUUCUUCAGUUGGGAUUUAUUUGCUAUUUUUCUCAUGAAAAGACUAGGUUAAUGGAUUUGGGCCUGAAGAACCACACAAAUGAGUUACUAUUUUCAUAACAUCAUAUUUCUGUGACUUAAUCAUUCUUCAUGGUAUCUUCAGUCACAUGGCUGGGAUAACAUAUAUGAAAUUUCUCCCAUGUACCCCAUUUCCUAUCAUCAUACUAUACUCUGGAAGGAAGCACAGCAGCCCACACAUGGAUUUGGUGAGUUAUGUACCAUGUCCUUGAGAGCAAGUGUCUACAUAAAUUCUUUGGAAUUCUUCUGCAUAGGAGCUUUGCCUCCCCCCCCCUCCAUUUAUUUAUUUACAUAGUUGUUUAUUUAUGCCAACAUAGACUCAUUGAUAUUUAUUUUAUAGUUUAUUUUGUAAUCCAAUACUACUUUUAUUUUGUUGCCCAAAUUGUAGCUUUGACUGUUAGGAGCUCUUUUGAAUUGAUUCCUACGUCUUUUUUAUCUACCCCAUCAUUUUUUUUUUCAGCAUGUGCUUAAUUUUUAGUGUCUCAAGAUGCUCCAGGUUCAUCUUGUUUUUGUUUUGUGGCGGGCACUCUCAUAAUCAGACAUUUCUUCAAUGAGUUCUAAUUCCUUUUACUGAAGAAUUGUAUCAGAAACCAGAUCUGUGCACUAUGUAGGUUUGCUACUUUGGGGAUAUUAUUUCUUCAAGGCCUUCUCAACCAAUACAACAAAGAAAUAUAUGCAUAUAUAUUAAGUUAUAUAUGUAUAUGCAUAUGUCUAUAAACAUUUCCAUAUAUAAUCAUCUUUAUUAUCUAUAUAUGAGUUCAUAUCUUUGUUGUCAAUCCUUAGUCAUCUUCAUAACCUUCCAUGCUAACAGUGACAACCAUUGCUCCCCCUUCUAGCAUUUAUUAAUUGUUGAAAUCCAGUUUAUAUACAUAUUAACAGUGUCUUAAGUGUUAUCCCGUAUACCCAUGAGAAAAAUCCAUCAACUAGAAUCUGGUGCUUGUGUACAUGAUAGUAACAUUUUUAGAACUUCAACAACUCUUUGAAACAGAGUGAUCUACAAGAUUCUUGAGUUAGAGAUAUCUGUAUUCUCAAUUCUACCCUAGCCCCUAAAUGCUUCCUCAUAUAUGAAGCAAACCAUUUGGUGAUUGACCUAACCUUGAAGAAGUCAAGGAAACUUGUUGAUCUUCUAUUGUGUGUUAGUUCCUAAUAAGGGAUAAAUGGGAAAACACCAUGGGCCUAGUUUAAAGAAACAUUUAGCACUGUCUUUUUCUCUACUAAAUAUGGAUCUCUGACAACUGGGUGGUAUCCUGAUUUGCCUCUCUUCUGUAUUUUCCCCAGUUUUUAGGCAAGUCACAUCACCUCUCUGUGCCUCUAUUAACCCAUCUAAAAAUGGGGAUCCACAUAUCUACCUCACAGGAGUGUUGUGAGGCUUCUUAUUAAUAGAUGUUUAAAAAAUGAUAUGUAAUCUCUAAAUGAGCGAGAAAGUAUUAUAAUCAUUACUAUGAUGCUAAUUAGAGUACCUUAUAUUUAUCCUAUGGAAAGGAGAUUAUCCCUCAUCAGUAAACAGCUAAAUUUAAGUCAAUAAGAAAGAUCAAUGAAGAGUGGCCACUGGAAGCAAUAUUGUUUGUUCUGUUAUCCUCACUUUCCCUAUAUCCUCUGACUCCAGGAUUAUCAACUGUUUCCAGACGCGAAACAUAUUAGGACCUAAAAUAAUAAGAGGCAAAACACAUAGUUUUGAAAUGAUAUUUUUCUCCCUUUCUUACUCUGGUUGGACUGCAUUACAUAUAACUUUGUCAGAAGCACAAAGACAAUUUGUCAAAGCUUUUCAGUCUUUGCUCAGUUCCGUUUCAUCAGUUAAAAUUUCUCUUUCUGCGUGUACUGUACAUUAAACAGUAAAGGUAGGAGGGGAGUGGGGUGGGAUGGUUGGGUUGGGAGUGGACUGGAAGAGAAUGGAAAUUAUGUAGGUGUUUCUCAAACACUGGGUAUCACUUUCCAUUUCUUUUUUUCUGGUGGUGGGUUGGGGGCAAGGGAAGAGAUAACUAUUUUGUUAACAAAUUCUCCUUCCCUUCCAGUAGAUGUCUCCUAGGGUCAGUACAAAUAGCUGUGUUGGACGUUACUUUUAUAACUAUGUUGUAUACAGUGCUGUUUUCAUUGUAUUCCUGAAUUAAAAGGGAAGACAGUCCCUAGUGAUGUUCAUCCCUGUUUUUGACAGGAGGCCACAGCAGGAGAGCAGUACCAGAAACUGACUUUUUUUGUGGUGGGGAAAGGAGCCUGCAGUGAAGGGAUUUCUUGGAGUUUUGUCAUUAUUUAAAGAAAUUCUAAAACAGUAUAUUAUGCAUUACUCUCUAUAACUCUUCUGUUUGUGCCUCCUUGUUUUAGUGCUUUAGAGCAGCACCUAUUUUCGCUCAUUUUAUACUUGUUCUUGUUCAGAGGGAUGAUGUCGAACACUCCCUCUUAUCUGUCGUGUAGCUGAAGAUUCUCGAGAAUUGCCUCAGUAAGCAUGGCCACCCAGAGGUUCCUCUGUUGUAGCUCAGUGGGCAACUCCCGCCGCAGCUUCCAGGCAGGGUGUGUGCCUGAGCACUAAGCAAUCUUGUUCUGUCUGAUUACUGUACUUUUUUAAUAAUAAAAAUAUUUUA